ACAACGCGCAUCGCCGCACGCCUGUUGCUCAGAACACUCGUAUCGUAAAUUGUACUCGAAAUUGACCUUCAUUGCGCAGGUUAAUUAAUUGCAGGCGAAUUUCGUGAAUCGGAACGCAUAUUUGUUUAAUUUAUUUUUUCAUUUUGGUUUAGCAGUAAAAAUGUGAUUUUAAAAAGUGUAGCUUUAUUUAAUAGUGUAUAGUGUAUGAUUGGAUUUUCUACAGGAAAAUAUUAGUAACUGAUUGCUGCUUACCAAAACAUUAGGCAUUUAAGAUGAUUAUAUCCACUUUCUGCGUCUUGGCGCUGACGACGGUAGCGUGCGCGCUGCGCGUCGGUGUCGGGAUAGCGGACGUCACCGGCCCACCCGCAGAGAUCGCCUUCAUGGGUUACGCUCACUUUCAACAAAUCGGGCAUGGCAUCCACUUACGGCAGUUUUCACGAGCAUUUGUGCUGGCUGAUGAUACCGGGAACAGCUCACAGAGGAUCGUGUUCGUCACUGUGGAUGCUCCGAUGAUGGGCCACGGCGUUAGAAAAGAGAUAAUAAAGCGUCUCCAAAAGCGCUUCGGUGAUAUCUACAGCGAAAACAACGUUAUUAUAAGUGGGACUCAUACGCAUUCGAGCCCGGGAGGGUUCCUCAUGGACUUCCUCUUCGACCUGCCUAUCCUCGGCUUUGUCAAGGAAACCUAUGUCAGUUACAUUGCCGGGAUAUUCAAGAGUAUAGUAAUGGCUCACAACAAUUUGACGCCAGCGCGGAUGGAGUACGGCGAGGCAGAGCUACUGGACGCGAACAUUAACAGAUCACCCACCUCUUAUUUGCGGAAUCCACUUGAAGAGAGAGCUAAAUACAAAUAUGACACCGACAAAACGUUAUCUCAGGUUCGUUUCGUGGCGCCCGACAGCCGCAUCAUAGGGGUGAUCAACUGGUUCGCGGUGCACCCCACCAGCAUGAACAACACCAACAAGCUGAUAUCCUCCGACAACGUUGGCUAUGCUUCUGUCCUGAUGGAGAAAACGUUGAAUGGCAAUGGGACAUAUCCUGGAAAGGGUCGCAUAGUCUGCGCGUUUGCGUCCACAAACCUCGGUGACGUGUCUCCCAACACUCGUGGUCCUCGUUGCAGCAUCUCCGGCAAAGUCUGCGACCAGGAGAAGCUGCUAUGCAAGCUACCUGGCGAGGAGUGCUUCGCAUCUGGCCCAGGGCGAGACAUGUUCGAGAGCACGCAGAUCAUCGCCACUAAGAUGUUUGAGACGGCUAUGAAAGUUUUGAAACAACCAGGGGAAGACCUGACGGGUCCAAUCGGCAUCGUGCAUCAGUACGUGGAUAUGCCAAACCAGACCGCGAAACCAUAUGAUCCUGUUACAGAAACCUUUAACGCCAGUGCGUCAGUAUCCGGUUGUCUCCCGGCCAUGGGUUACAGCUUCGCGGCGGGCACGACGGACGGGCCGGGCGCCUUCGACUUCAAGCAGGGCACCACCACCACCAACCCGCUGUGGAACGCCGUGCGGGACUUCAUCGCUGAGCCCACGGACGAAGACGUCAAGUGCCAGGCGCCGAAGCCGAUCCUGCUGGCUACGGGACGGGCAAAAUUCCCCUACGAGUGGCAACCCAAAAUAGUGUCGUGCAGUGUUGCUCGUGUCGGCGGCUUGUUCCUGGCCGCCGUGCCGGGCGAGUUCACCACCAUGUCGGGGCGGCGCCUGCGGCGGGUCGUGCAGCGGGCCGCGGGCGGCGGGAGGGUUGUGUUGGCUGGCCUGUCAAAUAUCUACUCGGAUUAUAUUGCCACGCCUGAGGAGUAUCAGGCGCAACGGUAUGAAGCCGCUUCAACAAUUUUUGGCCCGCACACGCUUGAUAUCUACCUCAAUAAGUAUGUAGAGCUGACUGAUGCUUUGGUCAAGGGUGUGACGCUGGAGCCGGGUCCACAGCCGCCGGACUUCAGCGACCAGCUCAUCACGCUCGUGCCGCCCGUGCUGUGGGACGCCGCGCCCUGGGGCAAGGAGUUCGGAGACUGCACAAAACAACCACAGACACAAUACAGUUACGGGGAUAUUGUCACCGCACUUUUUGUAUCCGGUCAUCCCCGCAACAACAUUCGCCACGGGAGCUGGUAUGCGACGGUGGAGAGACUCGAGUCCGAAGCAGAUGACGCCUGGACGGUAGUUGCCACAGACGCCGAUUGGGCGACCAAAUACAUCUGGCACCGCAACAAUAAGGUGCUGGGCACCAGCCACUCGGAGGUCCAGUGGCACAUCCCCGACGGCACGCCGCCCGGCACCUACCGUCUGCAUCACUACGGCAGCUACAAGUACAUCCUCGGCGGUAUCUACCCCUACCACGGCUUUUCCAACAGCUUCGAAGUCAGAUAGCUGCCGGUGCUCAUUUUAGUCGAUU